GGUAUAACCCGGAUAUAGCCAACUCCCAUUACUCGUCUAGAAGUGUAAACGUCUCACACGCGAAUAAUGCAGCAACAAUCUUUCAACAACCCGAGAAUCCCAUUCACUGGUGCCAUCAAGGGUGGCCUUCGGGAUGGAACGGACAUCACCAUCACUGGGAAAGUGCAGCCUGGGGCGCAAAGGUUCCAGGUGGACUUUAUGUGCGGUGAAGACCGAGCGCUGCACUUCAACCCGCGCUACAGCUGGCUGAUGAACUACGUGGUGUGUAACACCCUCCAGAAGUCCGUCUGGGGCGACGAGGAAUACAAACACCCCAAUCCCCUCCCCCACGGCAGUGCCUUCACCGUCGUCUUCAUGGUCAAACCCGACGUAUACACGAUAGUUGUGAAUGGGGUCCAUUUCCAUGACUACAAACACCGCUUCCCUGCAUCCAGAGUGGAAAACAUCUUCAUCAAUGGGGGAGUAGAGAUCCACUCUGUGACCAUUCAGCCCCCAGCUCAGCCGGUUCAAAGUGCAGUGCCGACUCGCACAGCCCCACCAAUGACUGUUGUUGUUCAGAAUUUUGCGCCUCCAAAUGCUCAGAGUGCGCCUCAUCAAGCGGCUGUCUGUCAUCCUGUGACUGGUUCGUUUGCUCCUCAGGGUUCGUUUGCUCCUCAGGGUUCGUUUGCUCCAAGACCACAUCAUCCUAGAGGUAGGGGGAGACAACACUCCCACAAACAGCACCUCAACAGGCAGCACUUCAACCAAGCAACCCCACGAUCGGCACCACCACCUUACACCCCUUCACCGACUUAUGCUGUCCCAUACAAGACGGUUCUUCAAGGAGGCCUGUACCCUGGGAAGAGCAUCACCAUCCAGGGCAUUCCAAACCAGCAAGCCGACAAGUUCACCAUCAACCUGCGCUGCAACGACGGCAUAGUGCUCCACUUCAAUCCCAGGUUCCAGGAGAACACUGUGGUCCGCAAUAGUCUCCUGAAUAACAGCUGGGGCCCGGAGGAGAGGUCUGGGGGGAUGCCCUUCCACUGUGGACAACCCUUUACGGUGAUGUUCGUGUGUGACGUGGCGUGCUACAGGAUCGUCGUCAACGGCAUCCAGAUGUUCACUUUCAACCAUCGUCAUAGUAACCACGAGGAGACGGACAUUCUGGAGGUGAUAGGGGAUGUUAGCUUGUCCUCAGUGCAACUCUAAUGCACAACCAUCAAAGUACAAAGUAUGCAUAUGGUUCCUUUAGAGCAGGGGGUGGGGAACCUUUUUAAUUCGAGGGGCCACUUCAAAUUCAUCCAAGGGUCGUAAAAGUCCUCCGAGGGCCGUAUUAUGAACACAAAUUAGGAUUUCCCCCUGCACUUUAGGCUUAUAUUGAAGGCAGCCACCUUUGAAACAGACCCCACAUUGUCUUGGUCCCCUGAAUAUAACUGAAUUUUAUUGCAAAUGUAUUUUCUAAGAUUCCAUUACAAAAUAUGUCAUAUUUCAUGUGAAGCUGCAUAACAUUAAAAUUACAUUGGGGGCCAGAUAAAACAGCCUCAAGGGCCGCAACGGCCCUCGAGACAUAGGUUCCCCACCCCUGCUUUAGAGAAAGAAGUUUACUAGUGUGCACAGAUUGCCUUUUCAGAUUUUUUUUCAAUGUCUAUGCCACCAGGGGGCAUUGUAUGUUUAGUUCUUUAGAUAAGACCGUGAGCAAAUUAGGUAGGUAGGUGGACGUUAACUUCCUUAAAAACAUAGUCGGUGACUUUCUAAAAGGAAUGAUAUUUUACAGAAAAAAAGCCUACAAUCGGUUUUGAUUCUGUUACCCUGUUUGUAUUCAUGACAAAUUAUAUAAUUAUCUGAUAGUGUUUCACACAAAAGAAUGAAUAGAUUCUGCCAAUCUGCCAACAAACAAAUAGUGACUGAGUAGUAAUUGCUUCUUUUCUGAGUCUGGCCCUGGAGCUCAAAUGUUGUACAUUUAAAUGUGACGUGCAUUAGUAUUCAUAGUAAUUAAUGGAAUCACAUUCAUGGAAAAAAGUUCAAUCAAUGAAUAAAAGGUAUCAA